UCAGGUCUCAACUCGUAACCAGCUGCUGUUCCUGGUCCAGGUGAAAUGGGCUGUCUGGGUGGAAAGACAGACGAAGAAAUACUGGAUGAGAAAGCAAAGCGAGAAGCCAACAAGAAGAUUGAGAAACAACUGCAGAGAGAGAGACAGACGUACAAAGCAACCCACAGAUUGCUGCUACUGGGUGCAGGAGAAUCUGGCAAAAGCACCAUUGUGAAGCAGAUGAGGAUUCUGCAUGUCGACGGGUUCAACGCUGAAGAAAAGCAGCAGAAGGUUCAAGACAUCAGGAAAAACGUCAAGGAUGCGAUUGUGACCAUUGUGUCGGCCAUGAAUAUGUUGAUUCCACCCGUUCCUCUGGGUAACCCUGGCAACCAGUUCAGAAUUGACUACAUCAGGAGCAUUGCACCGCUGUCGGACUUUGAAUACACAGAGGAGUUCUUUGAACAUGCUCAGAAGCUGUGGGAGGACAGCGGCGUGAAGGCUUGUUUUGAACGCGCCAAUGAAUACCAGCUCAUUGACUGCGCUCAGUACUUCCUGGAUCGGUUGGAUGCAGUCAGGAGCAAAGACUACACUCCCACUGACCAGGACUUGUUGCGCUGCAGAGUCUUGACCUCUGGAAUUUUUGAAACCAGGUUUCAGGUGGACAAAGUCAACUUUCAUAUGUUUGAUGUUGGAGGACAGCGGGACGAGCGCAGAAAAUGGAUUCAGUGCUUUAAUGAUGUGACGGCCAUCAUUUUUGUAGCCGCGAGCAGCAGCUACAACAUGGUGAUCAGAGAGGACAACUCAACCAAUCGACUCCGAGAGUCACUGGACCUUUUCAAAUCCAUCUGGACCAACAGGUUCCUGAAGACCAUCUCAGUGAUCCUGUUCCUUAACAAGCAGGAUGUGCUGGCUGACAAGAUCCUUGCUGGAAAAUCCAAACUGGAAGAUUAUUUUCCAGAAUACAACACUUACACUGUACCUGCUGAUGCUGUUCCAGACACUGAUGAAGACUCCAGAGUGACCAGAGCAAAGUUCUUCAUCAGAGACCAGUUUCUGAGGAUCAGCACGUCCAGUGGGGAAGGGAAGCAUUACUGCUAUCCUCACUUCACCUGUGCAGUUGACACGGAGAAUAUCCGCCGUGUUUUCAAUGACUGCCGUGACAUCAUCCAGCGGAUGCACCUGCGGCAGUAUGAGCUGCUCUGAUUGGUCACAUUAUGCUCAACUGCCCCAGACCUUGACUUUUAUUGGUCCAUCUGAAUAUGACUAAAAUGUUUAAUGUAGAACUUAACAGGUGAUCAUAAAUAUUUCUGCUGUAUAUGACAAAUAUUUCAGGUAUUCUUUAUGAAUAGAAAUUGAUUAGUGAUUGUAGAUCACUGAUUAGAAGCAUUUUCUAGUUUUCAUCUCUCACACGGUGUGUUGUUGGAUCAAUGCUCUGACACACAAACGCUCCCAAAACUAGAGUGCCUUGAUAGAUAGAGCGGCGUCAACUCAGAACACGGCACCAUUUUGGUUCCAACUGUGCUGAACUACUGAAUGAACCUUUAAUGUUUUCAACAUUUUUUUUAGAUCAUUUAACCACAAACAGAAACACAUCCAGGUUCAGGUCCUAUCCAAAUAAAUAUGAAAAUAGUUAAGAUAUCAAAUUUACAUACAUUUACAAUUUAUGAUGAUUUAUUUAAUUAAUUUCAAGUCUGAUUUAUGCGUCUGCAGCUCUGUAAGUCCGUGUCAUACAAUGACGUGUGUGACAGUUUUAAAGUUCUCCGUCUUUAGAUUUUGCUUUAUUCUGGAUUAAUUUGACCCUCAACAAACUUUUCUUUCUACAGUCAUCACCUCCAAAUCAAAGGGAAGAUGAAACAUUUUCCUC